AUGAUGGGCAUCAGAAACAGCCUCGGAUUGAGCACUCGUGAAGUGGAUAGCAGUAGCAAGCAUGACCACAGCACGUGUUGCAAUGAUGUGCAUACCUGCACCACCCGACAAUGCCCUACUCACAAGUUGCUGGAUCGUCUUGGGGGUAUGAUGGCUUUGCAAAGUAUUGUACAAGACUUUGGAAGCCGGAUAUCCAAUGAUGUGGACCUAGCCCCGUUUUUCCAAGGAGUUGACUACAAGCUGGUCUCUUCACACCAAAAGAUGUUCUUUGCCAUGGCACUAACAAAUGCACCUGACAAUGAAGCCAUGGAAACUACACUCAGAAGACAUCAUCAACACUUGUUUGCCCAACAAGGAUUGAAUGAGCAUCACUUUGAUUUGGUGGCCAAUCAUUUGAUGGAAUCCUUGGUCGCUCGUGGAUUUCAGUCUGACAUCCUGGAGGAGGUGGCAACCAUUAUGAAACCAAUGAGGCAACCAUUCCUGGUCCUGUCCAGAGAAGCCACUUUGAGCAAUUCCUUGGGACCAAAUGAAUGA